AUAUCUAUUAAAAAAAUGUGUCACUUUGUGAUUGUAAAUUUUUGGUACAAUAUAGCCUAAACUGCUUAAUAUCAAUUGUGUGCAUUUUUUACGAAGAAAUAAUUACUCUUCUGAAUAUGAAGUCAAAAUUGUCCCGGCUUUAAAGGAAAAACUACUUAAACAAAGUGCAACAUUAUCAAGAAAGAACAUUAUGAAGAAAGAAUGGUUUAACGUUCAAACUACCCAAUUCAACGCUUGAAAAAUUGAAAAUAUACAAUCAACUUUGACCUUAUUGCAGUUGUUCGAAAAUUAAAUUUUAUUGGGUAUAUAGUAUCUCUCGCUUUAUAGCGACAAGCUGUAGUAAUUAAAGAUGCACUAUUAAAAAAAAUGCUUGUGGUUCAAUCCAUAUGUCCCAGCAAUGGAAAAGUAAUCGCCGAAGUCACCCAGGCAACUGUUAGCGAGUAUGAGGAAUGUGUAAAAAAUUCAGAAGCAGCUUGGUACACGUGGACAGACCUCCCUGAACCUAGGAGAGGGGAAAUUGUUAGACAGAUUGGGGAUGCCCUCAGAAAAAACUUGAGUGCCCUGGGAAAGUUAAUAUCACUAGAAAUGGGAAAAAUCCUGCCCGAGGGCAUUGGAGAAGUCCAAGAAUAUGUGGAUAUAUGCGACUAUGCAGUGGGAUUAUCACGAAGUCUAUCAGGAAGCAUAUUCCCGUCCGAAAGACCUGGUCACGUGCUUAUUGAAAAAUGGAAUCCCUUGGGAGUUAUUGGCGUGAUUUCUGCGUUUAAUUUCCCAAAUGCCGUUUACGGUUGGAACAGCGCCAUCGCCAUGGUUUGUGGAAACACUGUCCUAUGGAAAGGUUCUGAAACUACUCCUCUUGUGUCCGUGGCGACAACUAAAAUAAUUUCUGAAGUACUGGAGAGGAACAAUUUGCCAGGAGGUGUGGCGUCUCUGUGCUGUGGAGGAAGUGAUAUAGGCAAAGCCAUGGCUAGUGACCCAAGAAUUAAGCUUCUCUCGUUCACCGGCAGUUGCGAAAUAGGGCAGCAGGUAGGCGUGGAAGUUCAAAAGCGAUUUGGUAAGCAUUUGCUGGAACUCGGAGGCAAUAACGCUCUUAUAGUUGACGAGGACGCGGAUUUGGAUAUGGUGGUGCCUGCAGUACUAUUUGCGAGCGUAGGUACAGCUGGCCAGCGGUGUACUACCACCAGGAGGUUAAUUUUACACAAAAACGUGUACGACGAAGUAUUGCAACGAUUGAAGUUGGCCUACGCCCAAGUUAUGCCCCGUAUUGGUGAUCCCCUAGAGGAGAACACGCUAAUUGGGCCGCUACACAGUGAGACGUCAUUGAGAAAAUACAAGGAAACCCUCAAGCAGAUCACCAAAGAAGGCGGCAUUGUGGAGGUUGGCGGCAAAGUAUUAGACGUGCCUGGGUACUUUGUGGAACCGACAAUAGUGACAGGUAUUGCGCAUAACAACUCACUAGUCCAUAAAGAAUGCUUCGCUCCGAUUUUAUAUGCAUUAAAAGCCAAUAGCAUUGAGGAGGCCAUUUCGUUAAACAAUGAGGUGCCUCAAGGCCUGUCAUCCAGCCUUUUUACACAAAACAUUUCCAAAAUAUUCAGGUGGAUUGGACCUAAAGGUUCAGACUGCGGUAUUGUUAAUGUGAAUAUUCCGACAUCCGGUGCAGAGAUCGGUGGCGCGUUCGGCGGUGAAAAACAGACGGGAGGUGGUAGAGAAUCUGGAAGCGAUGCUUGGAAGCAAUAUAUGCGGAGGUCUACAAUUACCAUCAAUUACUCAAAACAGCUACCAUUGUCGCAGGGAAUAAAAUUCGGAUAG